AUGAAGACGGCAACAGAGGGAGUGUUCUUUAGGACCGCCAGGAGCCUGGCUAGCACGAUGAAGCCUGAAGAAAAUGUUAUCUCUCACAAGAAGCUGAAUACAACUGAUAUUACUGUCCUGAUCAUAUACUUCGUAUUUGUCAUUCUUGUAGGACUCUGGGCUAUGUACAAGACAAAGAGAAGCACUGUCAAAGGUUACUUUCUGGCUGGCAGGAAUAUGACUUGGUGCCCAAUAGGAGCAUCACUGUUUGCCAGCAAUGUUGGGAGUGGUCAUUUCAUUGGUUUGGCUGGGAGUGGUGCCUCAUCUGGAAUUGCUGUCAGUGUGUACGAGUGGAGUGGAAUGUAUGCCUUAAUGAUGCUCGCCUGGCUCUUUCUCCCCAUUUACAUUGCGUCUGGGGUCACUACCAUGCCUGAAUAUUUACUGAAACGAUUUGGAGGUCAAAGAAUUCACUUCUUAAUUGCUACCCUUUCUUUAUUUGCCUAUAUAUUCACAAAGAUCUCGGUUGAUAUCUAUGCCGGAGCUCUCUUUAUUCACCUGGCUUUGCAUUGGGACUUGUACCUUGCUGUGAUUAGUCUACUCAUCAUAACCGCAGUCUACACUGUUGGAGGUGGGCUGGCUGCAGUAAUAUAUACAGACACACUGCAAACAGUAAUCAUGCUGUUAGGAGCUAUGAUUCUUAUGGUAUUUGCUUUUGUCGAAGUUGAUGGUUACUCAGGCCUCAAGAAGAAAUACUUCACUGCCAUUCCUAAAAAUCAAGACCCUAACUCAACAUGUGGCCUGCCAAGGAAUGAUGCCUUUCACAUCUUCCAAGAUCCUGUUACCUCCGAUUAUCCAUGGACAGGUGUAAUAUUUGGAGUAACUGUACUUUCAUCGUGGUAUUGGUGUACAGAUCAGGUCAUUGUGCAGAGAACACUUUCUUCUAAAUCCAUUCUCCAUGCCAAAGGUGGCAGCUUGUUUGCAGCCUACUUGAAAAUCUUGCCGAUUUUCAUAAUGGUGUUUCCAGGCAUGAUCAGUCGAGUGCUUUAUCCCAAUCUCGUGGCUUGUAUAGAUGCAGAUACCUGUCGCAGAGUUUGUGGCAAUCCAGCUGGAUGCACAGAUAUCGCAUAUCCAUUGCUUGUAAUGGAACUGCUCCCUGGAGGACUACGGGGCUUGAUGGUUGCAGCCAUGGUCGCUGCUCUCAUGUCCUCCCUCACUUCGAUCUUCAACAGUGCAAGCACAUUAUUUACAAUGGACAUCUGGCACCACCUCCGGCCCCACUGCAGUGAAUGGGAGCUCAUGGUUGUUGGCAGGAUAUUUGCGCUGAUCCUAGUGGUGGUGUCGGUUUUGUGGAUUCCUCUGGUGCAAUCAAGCCAAAGUGGCAAGCUCUUCAUAUAUAUCCAGUCCAUCACCUCCUACCUGACACCACCAAUCGUUGUGGUCUUUAUGGCUGGUUGCUUUUGGAAACGAGCUAAUGAGAAAGGUGCAUUUUGGAGCCUCGCCGCUGGGUUUCUUGUGGGCGUUAUUCGAAUGGUUUUGGAUUUUGUCUUCAUCGCACCAGCAUGUGGGGAAGAAGACAAACGGCCGUCAAUUGUUGGCAAAGUCCAUUUCUUGCACUUUGCUCUCAUACUUGUUCUCCUCACUAUGCUUGUACUAGUGGUCCUCAGUCUCCUUAAUCCACCUCCACAACCAGAACAGAUCAGUCGGUUGACUUGGUACACACGAUUUGAUAAACUGCCAGAGAAGCCACCAGAAGAAACUGUUGUUGUUGAUGAUACAGCUCCAUCAGCAGAAGCCACAUCAGAUAAAAUGGACACGACUGAAGAACUCAGCCCAAGGGCAGAUGAGAAAACUGAAUCAAGGGCAAUGCACCUUUUGAAAUGGUUCUGUGGGAUGAGCACGAAGCGUGUGGAUACUGCCUUUACUGAUGUUGAAGAAAAUUAUAUUGCCUCACUAGAAGAGAAUCAGCGAAUGAGCUACUUAGUCAAUGUUAAUUUAGUCAUUUGUCUGGCAGCUACAAUCUUCCUUUAUGCUUAUUUUGCUUGA